UAACAUAUGUUUCUGCAACCAUCAAGAGUAGAGUAGAAAGUGACCCCGAAACCCUCACACAGUCACUAACAAACCAACUCAUUUCUUUCUUUCUUCUUGUGCCUCCACCAAAUCAAACCCAUUUCAAAAAACUCUUCUCCUCACCAAAUCAGAAAGGACCAAAACCACCAAAACAUAGAAAGAACCACACACACACACACAGCAACCUCUAUUUCCACGCAUCCAUACCUUCUUCUCCUUCUCUCCAAACAAUAUGGAUAUUGUAAGGAGAAAUAUCAAGAAGAUAAGUUUCAAGAAGCCCGAGUUGACAAAUUUGAGAAAGCUAGGAUCUUUGGUAUCCGAUCCAGAAAAGUUUCGAGAACGUCAUGGGAGAAUUUUGAGCAUACUCAAGACUAAUGUGGAAGUGGGGGCACUUGAGGCUUUGAUCCGAUUUUAUGAUCCGCUUUAUCAUUGUUUCACGUUUCCCGACUACCAAUUGGUCCCCACUUUGGAAGAAUAUGCUAAUUUGUUUGGUUUGCCCGUGUUGGACGCGGUACCCCUUAGUGGUUUGGAGGAGGUUCCUAAACCAUUGGCUAUUGCAACGGCCCUUCAUUUGAAGAAAACCGAAAUAUCGGCUAAUCUCACUAUCAAGGGAGGUCUCCAAGGUCUGACCUCUAAGUUUUUGUUCAACAAAGCUUCUUUCUUUGCUAAAGCGGCAAGCAAGGAUGCUUUCGAGGCUAUUCUCGCCUUACUCAUAUAUGGGCUCGUGUUGUUCCCCAAUGUGGAUGAUUUUGUAGACGUCAAUGCAAUCCAAAUCUUCUUGUCCAAGAACCCGGUCCCUACUUUGCUCGCCGACACCUAUCAUUCUAUUCACCAUAGAACUCAAAAAGGGGAUGGAAUCAUUAUGUGUUGUGCACCCUUGCUAUAUAGGUGGUUUAUGUCACACCUACCCCAAACCCCUCAUUUCAAAGAAAACCCGGAUAAGCUCCGAUGGCCUCAAAGGAUCAUGUCUCUCACUCCAGAAGAUAUAGUGUGGUAUAAUGCAUAUUGUGAUGUCGAGGCAAUCAUCGACGGUUGUGGAGAGUUCUCUAAUGUGCCUCUUCUUGGUACACGUGGAGGAAUUAACUACAAUCCUAUUCUUGCUAGGCGUCAGUUUGGAUAUCCCAUGAGAGAUGAACCUAAGAACAUUUAUUUAACCAGGGUAUUCUACCUCAACCAAGAAGGAAGCUCGGAUACAAGAAAUAGAUGUGUGAAAGCUUGGUGCACCAUUCACCGAAAGGACAGGAAUCAGUUAGGGAAAAGGUUGGGCAGUGUUUCUGAGCUUUAUACCAAAUGGGUUAUUAAUCGGGCUACAACACUUGGGAUACAUUACCCUCUCAAAAGACCUUUAUCUUCAGUUGUCUCGACACCGUCGUCCUUACAUUUUGAUACCAAAGAAGAAUUCCAAGAGCAAUUGACAGAGCUGAUAAAAUGUUUACAAAAUUAUUGUCUUAAAGUCCUUCAAAAAAAAACUGUGCGUAUUUUAGCAUAACAUAUAUCAUGCAUCAUACUACAUACAUAAGUUUUCAAAACAGGGUCUCAUGUUCUUUCUUUUUCUCUCCGUCUCAGUUAAGGUGGCUCGGCGUAUUCGGUACAAACCAACUCGUGUCUACAAUACUCGGUUCAGGUUGAGAAACAAGAUGAGUAAUUUUGAGGAAGAGCCACCUAGUUUCGUGACUCCAGGAAGAAUUUGCUGCAAUUGGGUCACUGUUGAUGUCCCUUCUGUCACACCUUUCUCGUCAUUUAAAAUUUUUUCUCGAUCACUACUUUAAUUCCUACACUCAUACAUUUUUACAAGCAAUUAAAAAUUAAGCGCGUAGAUAGAAUAAAAACAAGAGGUUCCUAUAGAGUACUAUAGAUACUUAGGGUGCUAAUACCUUCCCUUCGUAUAACUAACCCCCGAACCUUGUUCUCUAAAAUAAUAGGGUUUUUUCGAACUUUUUCCCUUUCCCUCGGAUAAAUUAAAGAUCGGUGGUGGAAUAUUAAAUUGCGAUUCGAAGUUAAUUAAUAACUUGAUAUCCAAAAAUCACCGCGACAAGUUACUACUACCAACCUCAUAGAUCAACUUUUAAUAUGAUUUUAUAUUCAUGUUUUAUAUUGCUUUAUUUUAUUUAUUUAUAUUGUAUGUAUAUAUAUCAACGGUGGGGUGGGAUGUUACUUGAGGGAAGCUCUACACCCGAGCUUUGAGAAGAACUUAAGAUGGUGGUUACGUAGUGUUGACCUUCCUGACGUUUGUCUUGUAGGGCCGGCAUGAAAACCCCGCUUAGAGUAGAUUCCCUUGAAGGUGUUGUUGUCUUGCGAGUUUUUGCAAUGACGGCAGUAUUUUCUUGUUGAGUCCGUGACUCUAGGAACCUUUUUUAUCAAGUCUAGAACCCUAACACAAGUCAUUAGGGACAUUUGUUUAGAACCAGAGUCGAUGGUUGCGUAGUGUUGACCUUCCUGAUGUAACACCCAAAACCAAUAUUUAAAUAAAUCUAACCAUAGAAAAUUCUUUUCAAAAUACGCAGCGGAUAAUAAAAUUAAAACGACUCGAAGUCGAAGUUAAAAUAUAAAAUAGUGGUUUAAGGUAUUCUUUUCAGUUGCAUGCAUGCCAAUAAUAGAAACCUAGUAUACUAUUUCUUACAUAUAUACAUAUAUAGCAAAAAACAGUUGAACUUUGGUGGGACUGGAACCCACAAAUUUCAUUUUGUACUUUACAGCUCAAUUUAAUGUUUCAUCAAUACUUCUUGUUAAUGUUAUUAGUUACUACUACCAACCUUUUAAUAUGAUUUUAUCUUACGAUUGUUGCUAUGUAAAUCACACUAAAUUUGGUUGAGUUUGAUAAAUAAUUAAUAUGAAUUGUUAUUCUCAGUUGUUAUUUGUCAUACCCUAAUUUUGUCCUACCCCUUAAGGUUUUCUCGAUAUUUUCCUUUCCCUUCUUUGGGAUAAAUAAAGUUCGGUGGCGACUCUGUUAUUUACUUUUCGAGUGUUCACACUCGAGGAUUAUUUAUUUUUUCGCGCCGCGACAGCUGGCGACUCUACUGGGGACAAACCUUUUGAGAGUUAAGCCUAAUUUAGGGGGUUUUUUGUUUGUUUGCUUUAAUGUAUGUUGUUUACAUUUUUGCCUUAUUGCUUUUAAUAUUAUAUUGCAUAUUUGCUUGGGUAUUUCUGCUCUAUCUGUCUCUUCUGCUUCAUCUCCUUUCUUUUUACUUUUGUCCACUUGGGUCGGUUACUUAGUUACUGAGUGGAAAGUCCUAUACUCGGAUUUGAGGAAAACUUAAGACACAUCGGGGGUUGAUUGCUAGCUCGCUUGACGUAUGACUCGAGGGCUGGCAUGAUACUCCCACUUGGGGUAGAUUCGUCUUAGGGAUAUCGGUUCGCCUGACGUAUGACUCGAGGACCGAAACGUUCCCUGGAUGGAUCCGUGACCUUGGGGACCUUUUAAAACCUAUGACCUUGAACCUAUGUUUAGGAACCGAGUCGAUGGUUGCGUUAUGUUUACCUUCCCAGUUGAUGUACCAAUUCUAUCAAAAGUUCGUGUAAAUUAAAUAUUCAUUCCCCGUAUGUUGUAAAAUGAUCAUGUGAAAUAUUCAUUCUCCGUAAAUUGUCAGAAAUUAGAAUAAAGAUCGAAAUAGGAAGAACAUCGAAAUUGUAAAUAUCAUUUAAUAUUAAUUUUAUAAUAAUUAUCUG